UUUGAAAAAUUAAGUCAAGCAGAAAAGAUGGCAUCGGCACCCGAGUGGCUGACCCACGAGUACAUCGAGCAGGCGCUUCGCUCUCACUAUAAGGAUGAUGCCCUGUCCAUCACCCAGCUGCAGAUAAAUCCCGCCUUGGGACCCGGAGAAAACUACGGAGGUGUUUUGACCCGAGCACGAGUGCAAUUUACACUGUCCAAUAAGGAGAAACAUCUGCACAAUUUGAUUGUGAAGACGGAAAUCGAUGAUGAUGAAUUGACCCAGGAACUGAUGGCUCCUUAUGAUAUCUACAAUCGGGAAAUGACAAUCUACGAGGAUGUGCUGCCCAAGCUAAGGGACUUGCUAAAUGAAAUUGGAGAUUAUGAAAGGAUUUUCCCCACUGCCAUAUUUGUGGAUCGCGAAAGAAUGGCCAUUAUAUUUGAGGAUCUCUCUGUGACGGGUUAUGUAAUGGCCGAUCGAGUGCGUCGCCUGAAUGAGGAGCACACGCAUCUAAUCCUAAGAAAAUUGGCCAAACUUCAUGCAGCUUCCGCGGUUUUAAAUGAAAGGGAAAAGGGGUGUCUGGAAACGUACGAUCGUGGUUUCUUCAACCGAUAUACCAACGCUUAUAAGGGCUACUUUGUGGGUGGUCUCUUGGCCGCUGCCCGCUGGAUGAGCCAGGUGCCCAAAUUGGCCCACUAUGGGGAGAAACUAUUCGCCUUGGCUCCCCACUACAUGGAUAUUGGCAGGGAGUGCUUUGCACCCACUCCGGGUCAUGUGAAUGUUUUGGCUCAUGGCGAUGUGUGGACAAAUAACGUGAUGUUCAAGUACGAUACGGAAACAGGACGACCCGUGGAUGUCCUGCUCAUUGACUUUCAGUACUCCUUUUGGGGAUCGCCUUGCAUCGAUCUCCAUCACUUUUUCAACACUUCGCUCAAGGAACCAUUGCGUCGGGAUCAGCAAAGUGGUCUCUUUCAGUUCUACCACAGCAUUUUCAGUGAAACGCUGCAGAAGCUCAACUACCUUCAGAAUCCCAUUCCCAGUCUGCAUCAGUUUAAGCUGCAGGUGGAGCAGAAGCGAUUCUUCGCUAUGCACUCGACUGUGGUGGUACAGCCAGUCAUGCUCAGCCAAGAUCCCACGGAUGCGUGUUUCAAUGCCCUGAUGAACGACGAUGAGCGCGGCAUUCGGUUCAAGAACCGAUUGUAUAACAAUCCCACUGUUCAACAAAAUCUUCACUCUUUGGUCCCCUUCUUCGAUGAAAAAGGCCUGCUAGAAGUGAAUCAGACCUGUUGAUGAGAUGAUGGAAUGUGAUUUAAAGGGUUUUCUAGUUCUAUGAAUAUUAAUAUAACAACUUAGUUGUAAUAAAUGCUCUUAUUAUUAUUUA